AUGGCGCGAGGGGACCGGCGGUGCAAGGGUGGCGAGUCCGGCGGAGCGGCGCAGGCGCGGUGCAGGUACAGGAGGCGCAACGCGAGCGCGGGGGGGCUCGAGAGGUGGGGGAGUCGCGGGCGGCUGUUGGUCGCGGUAGGGACCGGCGGAUCUCGGGCAGAGGCGUCGCGACGGCAAAUCGUCGGGCGUUGGGUCGCCGGAAAGAGGAUGGUGGCGAGUCAAGGGGGUGUCGGGGCGGGCGACGCUGGUGCUUCGGGAUCUGUAGAUGGGAGUGUCGAACGAUGGCUGCAGCAGCGCGGCGGCCUCUGGACAGUAGCAGCGACGCGGGCUCGCGGGCGAUGGAGGGUUCCGGCAGAGGUGACCAGCAGCGGCGAUGGGCGAGCGGGUCGCGGGCUACUGCAGGUCGUUGCGGCGAUGUCUGGCGUCGGCAGAGGCGCGUUCGGAGCGGGACUCAAGCGGAGGCGCGGGCGCGGCAACGGCGUCGGGCGCGGCAGCGAUGCUGCUGUGCGUCAGGGGGCGAGUCUGGCGAGGCGGCGGUGGCGGAGGCGCGGCGGAGGCCGGCGGUGCAGCUCGGAGACCAGCGGUGCAAGGGUGAAAAUAGAACACAAGCAAGGGCUUACCAGGUUCAGCUUGACGGCAUUGGUUGAGGGGCCGUCGAGCGGAGCUUGUGCUAGAUCUGGUCUGGGCGAGGCCGACACUCGCCUAGGCGAGGGCGAGCCUCGGUGA